GACACACUGUUAUAUUGUCACGAAGUGAAAUAGACACGACUGACUUUCUCUACCUGCUACUGUGUUGAAGCCCUGGAUAUGUCUUCAACAAAUGGUACUGUGGGCCAGAAAACUGAGGGAGGCAAAGAAAAAGAUGGAAAGGGAGAAGGAGAGAAUCGUACCCUGGCCAUUUUGUUUGUGUCUCUUGUUAUAGACCUGCUUGCCUUCACGGUCAUCCUCCCUAUCCUACCCUCCCUACUGGACUUCUAUGGCAGCCAGAAAGAGGAUGGUCUGUACCAGUCAUUGAUGAACUCUGUGAAGGGAUUUCGAGAAUUAGUCGGUGCUCCGGACACUCCUAGAUGGAAUUCUGUUUUAUUUGGAGGUUUAAUUGGAUCCUUGUUUUCGUUCCUGCAGUUUCUUGCCUCCCCAGUAGUGGGGGCAGCAUCAGAUGUAUAUGGACGCCGUCCUCUUCUCAUUAUCUCAAUGAUUGGCGUUGCGGUAUCAUAUGCUGUCUGGGCGAUAUCCCACAACUUUGGUUUAUUUGUCAUCGCUCGGAUCAUCGGUGGUCUCAGUAAGGGGAAUAUCAGUCUCUCUACAGCAGUGGUAGCUGAUAUACUCCCUCAGGAGAGGCGUGGCAAGGGAAUGGCUCUGAUUGGUGUAGCAUUUUCUAUUGGUUUUGUGUUUGGUCCUCUGAUUGGUGCUGGAUUCUCGAUGUUGGCACGUCAACAUGAUGGGGCAUUUUACACCCCUCCUGCUAUCUUCGCUCUCGUCCUAGCUGUCAUAGAUGUCACAUUUGUAUUUAUCUUUUUCAAAGAAUCAUUGCCUAUCAGUAAGAGGGCGAAGUCCAUAGCUAGUGGAUGGCAAAACACAUCUCACCUCAUCAACCCAGUGUCAUUGUUUAAAUUCUCACCUGUCACAAAAUUAUCCAAGUCAGAUUCUCAGACAGUACAGAAGAUAGGAGUGGUGUAUUUUAUUUACCUGUUUCUGUACUCAGGUUUAGAGUUUACACUAACAUUCCUUACCCACAAUCGUCUACAGUAUAAUAGUAUGCAGCAAGGGAAGAUGUUUUUCUUUAUUGGAACUAUUAUGGCUCUAGUGCAAGGUGGUUAUGUCCGGAGAAUUAAGUCAGGAAAACAGCUGAAAAUUGCCACCAUUGGUAUGUCACUGCUGAUGCCAGCCUUUGUGAUAAUGGCGUUUGCCUACUCUGCUACAAUGAUGUAUGUGGCCCUUAUGCUGUUUGCCUUUGCAUCAGCCACAGUGGUGCCCUGUUUAACUACCCUGAUCUCUGAGUACGGAGGGAGUGAUCAGAAAGGAGUUAUCCUUGGAGUGUUUAGAUCCCUAGGAGCUCUUGCUAGGGCGCUUGGACCUGUCAUCUCUUCUGUCAUUUACUGGAGCUGUGGUGACAGAGUAUGUUACCUGACAGGAGGAAUACUGCUGAUGAUACCCUAUCUUCUGCUGCGGAGGCUGAAGUCACACCAGGCAUAACAUCUUAGCAGAAUUAAUCAAAGCUAGUACUGAACUUACUCACUUUAACACUUUCAGGUAGAAUUAUUUUUAACAGAAUGUCCAUAAACAUUGAAGAUUAUAAUGAAGACUUUUUCAAUUUAGUUGAAACACAUGGUAAGGAAAAAAUUGAGAAUUUUCUAUCAAAAAAAAGCAUGACAUCUGAAAUUCAUGGAAUUUUUACAAUCUAAAAAAAUAAAGAUAAAAUGCCUUCUGAUCGCAUUAUCAAUAGUUGAAGGGCUGUUUAAAUCUCAUCCUAUCUUCCUUCUGUCAUCUAUCUGUCUUUAAACAAUUAGUUAUUGCUAUUUCUUCAGGAGGUUAGGGUGG